CACAAUCUAUCGAGAUCGCUGACAGCAGUCACCACGACAUCAUCGAAUCGCACAAGAGAGCCUACACUCCCAGAUCAAAUAUGGCAUACUUCCGCAUCACGCUCCUGCGCUCAGCAAUUGGUCUACCGAAAAAGACUUCCGGAGUCCUCUACGCGCUCGGCCUCAAGAAGCGCUUGACAACAGUAUACCAACCAGUCUCCAGACACGCCGCUGGACAGAUAUUUGCAAUCAAAGAGCUCGUCGAUGUGCAGGAAGUGGACUCACCUUUGAGCAAGACGGAGAUGAAAGAGUUGCGAAGACCAGAUCCUGGCUUCUAUGUCGAGACUAGAGCGAAAGACAUCAGGAAAGCGCUUUGAGAGGAUAGCUUCGAGCAACGCGUAUGAGGAUUAGACGUGGUGGACGGAGAGCCAGGAAUGACGAUGGUCAGUGGGUGGAAUGGAUGAGGCAUUGCUUCUCACUACCAUCAUCGCGCAUUGGAAACGUCGAAACGAGCCUGGAGGUAGCAUUCGAGGGAAAGGAAGCGGCACGUACGGUCAGCGCAGCAAACCAAGAUGUUGCUGCGCACGAUAUCCCAUCGCGAAAUGGGCGCGAGAGACGUCAAUAUGCUGAUGAGAGGAGAGGAGGGAUUCACGAGAAAGCUACCGCGCCACAAAGAUCCGACACAGUAUUCUGUCGAUAUAUGAGCAAGAUCUACGAAGUCGAGUUCGAAACCCCAAGCUUCUCGAGCCACGGCGAGACAACUUUCGCUGCGAUCUCCAGAUUAUUCUUCUCCAAAAAUAAGAAAUGGCCAUUGCCAUGAAUUCCCACCGUCUCCAACGGCACAUGGUCCAUCUUAACUCCAGCCUGUCUCGCCCACUCGACCGUGCAGUAGUCGUAUACCGUAUGAUAGCUACACUCGCUUGUCAAAAGGAGGCUGGGCACUUUGGCAAUGUUCACAAGCUGCCGCGCUGGUUCAACUUGUCUGUAGCAUUUCGACGAAUUGGAGUUUCUGGCUGCUACUAGCUCGAUGUCCAACUCGGCAGCGCUAGAGACUGAGGGAUCGUAAUGCACCGGUACAGCAGUCAGACCGUACGAGCGGGCGCCGCCGGUAGUGCUGUAACCAGAUUGCUGUGGGACAUGUUACUCGAAUGUUCUCAUAUGAUGCCUCCGCCAUAGCUAGGAUGUAGAUACAUUGCUUCAAUUCAGCCCAUCGAUGGG